UGUUUCCCCUGAUGCUAGAAAAAGAGAGAAGAGGUCAUUACGCCAUAAAAUCUUCCGAAUCUCUUUGAUUCUCAAAUCUGGGUUCUCUGUAUUUCUUUACAAUUAUUAAUUGAGAGCUUCUUCAAACACUCUAUCCUUCCUUUAUCUCUUUGUUGGGACUCGAAACUGUGUCGUGAUACUCUAUGGGUGCGGCUGUCGACUGUGGUCCGCCGGGCGCUGAUGAGGUGGCGGUUUUGCCUCUGAAUUCCCUUCCUCUAGGUUUCAGGUUUCGGCCUACGGAUGAGGAGCUGAUCGAUUACUAUUUGCGACAGAAGAUCAACGGAAAUGGGGGAGAGGUAUGGGUUAUUCGAGAAAUUGAUGUUUGCAAAUGGGAGCCUUGGGAUUUGCCUGAUUUAUCGGUGGUACGGAACAAGGAUCCAGAGUGGUUCUUCUUCUGUCCGCAGGAUCGCAAAUAUCCAAAUGGGAAUCGAUUGAACCGAGCAACGACUCAUGGGUACUGGAAGGCAACGGGCAAAGAUCGCAAAAUUAAGUCUGGGUCGAUCUUGAUCGGAAUGAAGAAGACUUUAGUGUUCUAUAUCGGUCGUGCUCCCAGAGGGAAGAGGACCAAUUGGGUGAUGCAUGAGUACCGUCCUACCCUAAAGGAGCUUGAUGGUACCAAUCCUGGACAGAGUGCAUAUGUCCUUUGUCGUUUAUUUAAGAAGCAAGAUGAGACACUCGAAGGUUCAAACUGUGAGGGAAAUGACUGUACCAUGUCAACUCCACCAACUGCUAAUUAUUCUCCAGAAGAAAUACAAUCAGUUGUGGUUCAAGCAGCACCUUCUCCGUCGCUAGCUACUGAAGAUGAUAAGAACAGGGCAGUUCCAUUCUAUGUCUCUGAAAAUUCUGAGGAAGCCACAUCCAACAUUAUAACACCGAUUGAUUGCAACAGCGAAGAAUGUGAUACUUGUGAUGCACAAAAUAAGAUUGUCAUUCCAACGACUGCGGAGGAAGAUCAGUUUUUCCUUGACAUAUUUUAUGAUCCAACAACUGAACCAUUGGAUGACAAGCUCUUCUCCCCCGUUCAUCAGCAUAUCCCACCUGAGUUUUGUUUUUCUUCAAGCAAUGAACUGGAUAAUGGCUUGCAACUUCAGUAUGGUUCAAAUGAGGUUAAUGUGACUGAGUUUUUAAACUCAGUUGUCAACUGGGAUGAGUUAUCAUAUGAUUCCAGCAGUCAAAAGCCCCCUUCCACCUUGGUUGAUGCUAAGGAUAAUGGAUCAGGCAGUGAUUCAGAUGUGGAAAUGCCAAAUAUACUGAGUCUGCAAGCAUUACAUUCCAUGAAUCCUGAUGAGGCAAUUGACGCAAAGUCAUCUUCAAAGUUGGAUAAAACUUCAGAUUUCCACAGCACCAUCAGCUCUGAACUUAUUGGUGAUCAGAAGAGCCAUAUGGGAUUGUUACAAAACAAUUUUUCGAUGGCCUCACCUGAUGCUGGCGUGGGCCAAUUGUCCACCGUUGACCAUGGAUCCAGGAAUUAUAAUUCAGCUGAUAAUGAUGAUAUCGGUACUGGCAUCAGGAUAAGGUCUCGGCAACUACGGAAUGACAUGCCAAACACAAACCUCAAUAGCCAAGGUACCGCACCCAGGAGAAUCAGGCUGCAGCGUAAACUUCAAGUGCACCCUCUUAGCUCCAGUGAGGUGAUCGAAGGUGGGAGCUGCAUAAAAGAGGACCUUGAUUCAAAACCAAUCAUUGCAGGGGAGACAAAAGCUUCAGAAAAUCACGCGCGUGAUGUGGAUGCUAUGCAUUCCAAUGUUGUAGACGAACCCCAGAAGGCAUCUCCUGAGUCAACUGACGAUACAAAGACUCCUGAGCAACGUACUGCAGGUGCGGGGUCCUUCUUGAAGGUGAAAGACGUCAAAAGCUUGUGCACAAAGGCACGUUACACAUCAAAAGCGCCCGUCAGACUCAAAAUUUGGUCAUCUGUUGUACUUUUUGUCAUUGUACUGGUUCUAUUAGUAUUCUCAGCUAACGUGUGGGGGCAUUCUAGAAGUUGAACCGCUAGGUGAUCGUUCAUUUGUGUGUAAUUAAGCCCUCAUUGUUUUUUUAUUUUGGAGGGUAGGGCUACUUGAGAGCAAGGAGGGUUUUGUGCGUAUGUUGUCCCCGGUACAUGAGAUACUCACCUAGAUAGCUAGUAUCUAUGCUUUUGUAUAGUAGUUUCUCACUCUCACUGCCAUAUGUUCUUGUUGAAGCUUGGGUCGAUAAGCCUGAAGAAGCUUUUAGUGUCACUGCAUGUGAUGCUUCAGUCUCUUCUGGUUCUUCAGUUU